CCGGCACGGAUGACCAUGGCGCGUCCAAGACUGCCGCUGGCGCUGGGCCUCGCCCUGCUCGCGCUCUGCCUCCUGGCGCUGCCCCGCGACGUCCGGGCCCGGCCCGGGGAGCGCAAGGUUGGAGAGCGCAGGGACCUGUCGCCCAGCGACCCGCAGGUGCGGAAGGCGGCGCAGGUGGCCGUGGCCAACUACAACAUAGGCAGCAACAGCGCCUACUACUUCCGAGACACCAACAUCCUCAAGGCGCAGAGCCAGCUGGUGGCUGGUGUCAAGUAUUACCUGACCGUCGAGAUGGUGAGCACCGCCUGCAGGAAGAGUGCUGUGACUGGAGACCUCACCACCUGCCCUCUGGCAGUAGGAGCACAGCAGGAGAAGCUGCGUUGCGACUUUGAGAUCCUGGUGGUCCCCUGGCAGAACACCUCCAGCCUUCUGAAGCAUCACUGUGUGCCUGUGUAGAAGACCCCUGUGGGCAUGGGAGUGGGAGGGACUGGGCGGGACCGGGCAGGAGCGGGUGCAUCGGUGGAGGGUACUGGUCCAGGGGCCACAUCUGUGGCAAUAAAUUGCUCACACUGCUU